GCAGCAGCAGCACCUUGCAGCCGCCAUGCUCAGCCUCAUCAAAUUACCACAACUCUUCACCAUCAAUCAAGUGCCCAAAGUUUUCCACGAGGACAGCAUCUACUCGGGCUACCGACACCCCCACAGCUCAGCCACCGACUGCAUCCUGAGCCUCUUCCAGCUGACCAAUGAGACGGUCAACAUCUGGACCCACUUUUUGCCCACCUGGUACUUCCUGUGGGAAGUGAUGGCGGUGGUGUUGGUGCAGACGGCGUGGCACGACUCCUUCAUCUGGCCUCUGGUGAUCUUCCUGCUCUCCUGCUGCAUUUACCCGCUGGCGUCCAGCUGCGCUCACACCUUCAGCAGCAUGUCGGGCCGGGCACGCCACAUCUGCUUCUUCUUCGACUACGCUGCCCUCAGUUUCUACAGCCUGGGCUCGGCCAUCGUUUACUCCGCUUACGUUUUCCCGGACAAGUGGGUGAACGGCCUCUUCCACCGGUGCUACGUUCCCCUCGCCGUGCUCAACACGGUCAUCUGCACUGGCCUGGCCUGCUACUCCAGGCUCGGCUUACCAUUUCUGCAUUAUAAUCACGACGUCGUAAAGAGAUUCCCUGAAUACCAGAAUCCAAAGUUCAGCAAAUAUCUCCGCGUUGUUGCCUUCGCCUAUCCGUACUUUUUCGACCACGUUCCUUUGUUCUACAGGGUGUGUAUGUGUGAAGGAGAGGGCUGCUCAGACAAUGGAACCAACAUGCUGCACGUCACCCACAUCACCUUGGCUCUGCUCACAGGCUUCCUGUUCGCCACUCAUCUACCUGAGCGCCUGGCGCCCGGCAGCUUCGACUACAUCGGCCACAGCCAUCAACUCUUUCACGUGUGCAGCAUCCUGGGGACCCACUUCCAGAUGAAGGCGGUUAAGCAGGACAUGGUGACCCGGAGGCCCUGGCUCCUGGCCCACUCCGUGCCCAUCACCUUCGCCAACUCGGUGGGCGCCGCGCUGCUCUGUGUGGCGGCCAAUGUGGCGAUCCUCACCCUCUACAGUCUACCUCUCCUCUCCGCUCCGGACGGGGAGGACAAGAAACACGAUAAAGGUGGAAAGAAAGCCUCAACCAGGGCCUGCCUCUGCUCCUAGACCUCCGGCCUUCUUAAAUCACAGGAUCCGAGAAGGUCAUCAUAAGAAAUACAGACGUGUGUGUGUGUGUGGGGGGGGGGGGGGGGGGGAGGCAUUAUGGGUCAUUAUAAAAAACAUUUUAAAGAACACAGACACUGAUGUCAUAUAACUUGCAUUCUACACUCAAGGUGGUAUUCAGCCUGAUGACUGCUGUUAAAUGUGUGGGCAAAAUGAAAAUAAGGGGCGUACUUUGCACAAACGUACAAUGGAAAUGAAUGACAAUGUGUGUUACUAUAAUAUGUAAUGAAUCUAAAUGUUUCUAAGGAAACUGUUAUCAGCUACAAAAGUAGCAUGUUUGCUACUGUGAGGAGGUGCUCACUAUCUUUAUACAACAAUGUUUUCUGAUUUCCACCUGUGGGGUAUGAGGAGACUCAGCUGCAGGUAACAAUCACUAUGUCAAACUCAAAAUGCUAAUGUCACUGUCGAUUUCUAAUUGUGGUGCUGAAUUUAGACACUGUGCCUUUAGUGGGUGGGCUUGUGCAGCCGGUUGGAUUGUACUGUCAUGCACAUCACUCACAUGCAGAAAAACAUGCAGAGACAAAAGAGACAGUUAUGACAAGGGAAGGAAAUAUUUUGCUUUUGAGUUUGAGAUGCCUACAAAGUAGGAAAUCAACAAAGUCAGUGUAGCCUAAUACAGAGAACAUGUUUUAUGAGGAGUUUAUUUCCCUCAUAUGAUUGCUGUCUCUGUCUCUUACCACAAUGUGCCUUUGAUGCAAAACUGAAAGUAUUUAUGUACAAUAUUAUUUAUUUUCAAAUAAAAUAUUAACUAAACUUA